CAACACUAGGCGUCAGCUGUGCGGCUGUGACAGCGCCUGUCAAAAAACGCGUCCACUUCCGUUUCUUUUCACUUUUGACCAGCAAGAUGAAAAUCGGUUUGUGUGCAUUCAGUGGGUAUAAAAUUUACCCCGGCCAUGGCAAGACCAUGGUCAAAAUCGAUGGCAAGACCUUCACCUUUCUGGAUAAGAAGUGUGAGCGCUCUUACCUGAUGAAGCGUAAUCCCCGUAAAGUCACUUGGACUGUGCUGUACCGUCGCAAGCACCGUAAGGGUAUUGAGGAAGAGGCCUCUAAGAAGCGUACUCGCCGCACACAAAAAUUCCAGCGCGCCAUCGUUGGCGCCUCGCUUGCUGAGAUUAUGGCUAAACGUAACAUGAAGCCCGAGGUGCGCAAGGCUCAACGGGAUCAGGCUAUCAAGGUAGCCAAGGAGCAAAAGCGUGCCGCUAAGGCAGCCAAGAAGGCCGCUGCACCAGCACCCGCAAAGAAGUCGGCGCCCAAGCAAAAGGCCACCAAGGUGACACAAAAGUCGGCACCUCGCGUCGGUGGCAAGCGGUAAACAACUACAAAAGUAAUAAUUGUUGGAAGUCAACGCGGGUUUUACAUCAAAAAUGAUUUAAGAAAAAAAACUUAGUGAAACGCUAAUUAAAAAACAAAAGCUACAAAUACACAUUUGUAGCGGCAAAAAAAAAACCGGCAACGCGUAUUCUUUGAUAUUACCGUCGAAUUAAGAGUCAAACAAAACUACAAAAAAAAA